GUCUAAGAUAUCUGUCAAAAGCAUUAAAAGAAAAAUAUUUCAAGUAAUAUAACAAUAGGAAAGAAUAUAAAGAAAUUAAUGUAAAAUUAAAGCUAUAAUAAUUUUACUACUUCAAAUUAAGCCUAUGGAUAGUAGUUUAUAUAAUAAAGAGAUUACAGUAAAAGCGAGAUAAUCAACCAAGGAUCUUAAGGAUCUUAGAAUACAAUGAAUAAAGCUGGUUCAACUUUUAAAAGACUAAGCUAGUCUAAUAUCUUCAGUCCUAAAAAUUAAUAAAUAUUUAAGAGCAUGGUAUAAGUAUCCGAAAGCCCUAUGAACUAUUCUAAAUUCAAAAAUAGCAGUUUCACUUUAGGCAAUGGACUAGCAAACAUUGGCCAAACAUGCUACAUGAACUCGGUUUUAUAAUGUCUAUUUCACUUAUCAGGAGGUAAACUAAUGAAGUAAAUAGAAGAAAACCUUUAAAAUGAAGAAAUCUUCAAUCCACUUCAUGAGUUGAUUUUUUUACUUUCUCUAACAAAAAAUAUCUGUGAGAAUUAAAUAGCUAACUAUGAAUAAAUGUGCUAAGUUAAGGAUAUUGUGGAUACAUAUGCCACUAAUUUUAGAGGAACUGCUUAAUAAUGCGCUCAUGAAUUUUUUUGCAAAAUAAGAGAGCUCAUACAUGACUGUCUAAAUAAACAUCAUUUAACUAAAUCAAAAAUAUAAAAAAUAAGUAAUUAAACUAGCAACCCCAAUUCUUCUCCUCUUCAAAAAGCAAUCGAUAAAUGGAAUCAAGUUAAUUCAAUAGAAUCAUCUUUAAUAUCUGAUUAUUUCAGAGGCUAAUAUCUUAAAAUCAUGACUUGCAAAAAUUAUUUGUGUAAAAACUAAUCUGUCUUAUGCGAUGUUUUUGAUGACAUUUAAUUGCAUAUUCCAACUUUAGAAAGAAGAAACUCUUAUUUCAACAUUUUCCCAACAAGCCAAGAUGAUAAAUUAGAAAAUUAUCUAAGAUUUGAAUUUAAAGACGAAUUGCUAUAAGAAGUUGUUUGUGAUAAAUGCAAAUGUAAAGGAAUGGAAAUAAAAAGUAGCUUAAUAAGAAUACCUAAAAUUCUUGUCUUACAAAUAGUAAGAUUUGAUGCUUAAAAUAAUAAAAAGUAAAAUAAAAUAUAGAUACCAUCAAAAUUAAAUAUUUCAGAAUUUAUUUAUAAAUCUGAAGUGCCAAGAUUUAAAAGUACUGAAUAUAAAUUAACUGGUUUAAUUGAUCAUCAUGGAGAAACCCUAUUUAAGGGUCACUACACUGCGAAUAUAUACAAUCAAUAAGAUAGAAGCUGGUAUUUAUUUAACGAUGAUUAAGUAUCUAAAUAAGAUGCUAAUUUUAGUACCAAAUUAGAAAUUAUAGGUUCAGAAUCUGCAUAUAUUCUAUUUUAUGAGCUCAACUAAUGA